AUUUCCCAAAUAGAUGACAUGUCAUCAGAGUCAUCAUCCCCGGCUAGUGAUUUUAUCGGUCAACUUUCCACUCCGUUCUCUUUUUUUAUUUUGCGUUUUUAGUUUGCCCAUCGUGUUUUAGUGCAGCAUGUCUCUCCAGUGGGAAGUUGUAGGUAAGUCCAAAAAGUCUCAGGCAAAGUCCAAGAAUGCCCAACUUAAGGAAUUCCACGAGGAAACCACAAAAACUCCCGUUGUCCGGAAGAUCAAUGAUGGCCAGAACAAUCGGAAGGACAAUAAGGAGAAUCGCAAAGUCACCCAGGAAUCUGCCAAAAAAGCCCAGACCGUGAAAGUGGCGGGAAAUGUGGAGAAAGAGAAGAAACCCGUUAAGAAGAAAUUCAAGAAUCUGGAAGCUGCUCUUCAGGAAUUCUCCGUAGAUGAUCUGAAGUUCCAUUUGGAUGUGUUCAAGACGAACUUCAAGAAUAGCCACAUUGUGUGGCUGAAGGCAAUACUCUCUUACCUCAAUGAGGCUCUCAAUGUUGACGUGGACGCAGUCUUUGUGUGCAAACCUAUCCUCUAUCCAGCCAAUGUAAUCCCUGAAUCCCUUAAGAAGCUCAUUCAUGCUGAAUUGGAGAGUGCUGGACCAUCAAAUGUUCAGUACUUCUUCGAUCAAUCCCUCACAUCCUUGGCUGUAGAUCUCAAUAAAAACCUUCCUGUUGUGGGGACCAAGAUCAUCCUUCAGUUGAUUGCCCUGCGCUAUCCCGUUGUUUGCCAGAGUAACUUUGCCAAGAAUGCCGUCCUUCACAAUUCCUACCUCAACCAGAGCUCCAUUGGACUGAGUUUGCUCUGGGCUCUGGGUCAGGGUGGCUUCCGGGAUGUCCAAGUGGGCAUCAACGUCUGGCAGAAUAUGAUGGUGCCUGUGAUUGAGAUGAAAAACUACUCCAAAUACGUAGUAGAUUACAUUUUCAGGAUUCUUCAGAAGGCUCCGGAAAAUUCCUCCCUCAAACUCACUCUUCAGGAGUAUCUAAACCUCAUGGAUACCCUAAUGAAACCACGGAAUGCCAUUCCGUCAACAUAUCGGAAUCUUUUGCCUGAAAGUGCCUUUAUGAUAUCCAAACUCUACGUCGAGAGCACGAAGAAUGUAUCAAACAUCUUCCUGACUCUCUUCAAGAACCUCUCUAGUGAGUCACCCAGUGUCUAUCACUUCACCCUCGUGCAAUGUCUAAAGACUGAGCCAAACUGUGUGAAAUUGUGGGAAUUGAACCACAAGAAGCUCCAUCAGCAACAUACAGCUCUCCUCAAUUACAUUCGGGAGUCCAAACAAGGGAACACCAUGAAAGGGAAUAAGGCCCUGAAUGACUUCCUAAGGACUGUUGCACCGAAUUGGGCAAGAGAAGAUGAGAAUUCAGCCAAAAAUCGGCAUCAAGGGCAGAACAAGGCCAAACAGAAUACUCAAGAGAAAACAACGAGCAAAAGGGUAGAUAAAUCAAGCAAAUCUUCAUCCUUCUGCCUCUGGAUUCUGGGAAUUUUUGUAACUCUUGGAGCAAUAGGUGGAAUCAUUGGAUACGAUGUUCAUGUUCAUGGUGGUCAAUUUGAAGGUGAGAUGUUAAGUAUUUUAGUAUUAGAUACUCCAUUGCAUUCCUAUGCAAACAACUAACACAUUCAUGCCACGUGAUUUCUCAUUUCAACGCUAAAUCUUGCAAAAGUAAUGAAUGAGUGAAAUAGAAAUUGAAUGACUCUUCCAAAGUACAAUUUCUAUCAGAAAGUGUUAAUCUUUUGUAUUAUUUGUUUUGUACUCUUCACUAUUUUACUUCAAUUUACCUGAAUAAAUUCGGAAGAAUUUGCAA